CCCUCUUCGUGGUUCUCUCUUAAUCGUCACUCGCUCGCUCACAUUUUUCUGUGGCUCUGCAUUUAUCAGAUUAUUGGUUAUGCUGGCUUGAGUUCUGAUUCUGGUGAAAAUAUGGCAAAGAAGAAGAAUCCUUUAGUUUUUAUGGAUGUGUCAGUAGAUGGUGAUCCUGUUGAAAGGAUGGUUUUUGAGCUCUUUCCUGAUAUUGCUCCGAAAACUGCAGAAAAUUUCCGUGCCCUUUGUACAGGAGAAAAGGGCAUUGGUCCUAAAACUGGAAAACCAUUGCACUACAAGGGUUCCUUUUUCCAUCGUGUUAUUAAAGGUUCCAUGGCCCAGGGCUGAUGGUCACGACUGCUUUUCUUGUGAUGUAGUUUUAAGGGUGGUGAUUUUGUGAGAAGAGAUGGAACUAGUGGGGAAAGCAUAUAUGAUGGAAAGUUUCCAGAUGAAUCACCCAGGCUAAAGCAUGAUGGACCUGGUCUUUUAUCUAUGGCAAUUGCUGAUCGUGACACUGUAGGUUCACAAUUCAUUAUCACCUUCAAGGCUAAUCAUAAUCUUGACAGAAAGUAUGUAGUUUUUGGGAAGCUUGUGCAAGGACAUGAAGUGCUGAAGAAAAUUGAAAAUGUGGGUGAUGAGGAAGGAAUACUAACUGUAACAGUGAAAAUAAUUAAUUGUGGUGAAGUUGGUGAAGAGAAAAAGAAAAGUAAGUUGAAAACAGGAAAAGAUGCUUCCUCUGAUGCUAACAGUCAUGAAGUGCGAAGGAAGGGAAAGCAUAAGAAAUCUUCAAGAGACAAAAGGAAGAAGAGAAGAAGAUACUAUUCAUCUGAUUCAGAGAGUUCCUCAGAUUCUGAGACAGAAUCAUCUGAAUCUGAAAGUGAUUCUGACUCAUAUCUGUCAUCAUCCACUGACAUUAGUUCUUCAAGUGAUGACAGGCAUAAGAAGAGGAAGAGAUCUUCAAAACGAGAAAAAUAUAGGCGUGGAAAAAGAAGAGAUAAACGGCGUGACAAAAAGAGAAAAAGGCGUGAUAAGAGAUCAAAGCGUAGAUCAAGAAGGGCUUCGGAUAGUCUUACAGAUGAUGACAGUGAGAGUAAAGGUGAAAGCAGCACUGAUAAUGAUGUUGAUGUGCAAGGAAAAGCGCAGAAGCACAAAGAGCUUUCUCAGAAAAGUGUUGGGAGUCAAUCCCCUUCACCUGUUGAGAAAGAAAUUCGUCAAAGAAAAAGGGAAGACGCUAGUUUGCUUUUAAAGGAGCAUGAAGCUCCCAAGGAAAAUGGAGGCCGACGGAGCAAUGGCAUUGAAGAAGAUGCUCAAUCUGACAGAAGUGCAGAUAGACAACCUGAUGUGGUAGAUGAUCUCCCAAGCAAAUCUAGGAGUCGAAGCAUGAGUCCUAAAAGGGCCAUGAGUAAGAGUAUGAGUAUUAGUCCCAGAAGGAGUCCAAGCCGGAGCCCGAGUCUUAGCCCAAGGCGAAGUCUGAGCAGGAGUCAAGGUGUGAGUAGGAGUCCCCCACGUUGUCCAGAAAGAAGUGUAAGCAGGAGUCGGAGUCCUGUUAGAAGUAGGAGCAGGAGCCCUGCUAGAAGUGUCAGCAGAAGCCCUUUGAGGGGUAGAAAGAGUACAAGCUUCAGCAGGAGCCCUGUUAGAGCACAUUCUCGAAAAAGCAUUAGCAGGAGCCCUGUAAGGUCCCGGUCUCGAAGAAGUCUGAGUAGGAGCCCUCCCAGAUCAACAAGAAAAUCAAUUAGUAGAAGCCCUGUUAGACUUUCAAAAAGAAGCAUAAGUAGAAGUCCAGCGAGAUCUUCUCGGAGAAGCAUUAGCAGAAGUCCUGUAAGGUCUCCUCGGAGAAGCGUAAGCAGAAGCCCUGUGAGAUCUUCUCGGAGAAGUAUAAGUAGGAGUUCUGGCAGGGCUCCUCCAAGGAGAAGCAUCAGCAGAAGUCCAUUAAGGGAACCAAGUAAGAAUUAUCGUCGGAGUUAUUCAAGGAGCCCUGCCAGGGCUCCUCCAAAGAGAAGCAUCAGCAGAAGUCCAUUAAGAGAACCGAGUAGAAAUUAUCAUCGUAGUUAUUCCAGGAGCCCCACCCCUGCACGGAGGGUGAGGUCACCCCCUUCCAAUCGAGGUAGAAGUUUAUCAAGAAGCAUUUCCCCUGAUGCAUCACCUAAGCGCAUCAGAAGGGGUCGGGGUUUUAGUGAGCGCUACUCCUAUGCACGAAGAUACAGAACCCCCUCUCCAGAUCGUUCUUCUGUGAGGUCCUAUCGUUAUGGUGGCAGAAUUGAUCGUGAGAGGUAUUCAAGUUACAGGAGGUAUUCACCUAGGCGUUAUCGAAGCCCACCAAGAGGAAGAACUCCACCUAGGUAUAGAGGCAGAAGAAGCAGGACACGAAGUCCAUCCAUAUCACGUAGCCCUCGGUACCGUAAUCGUCAUUAUAGUCGUAGCCACAGCCAUAGCCCUAGUCGCAGUCGGACCCCUAUUCGCAGCCGUUCUCCAGUUGAUGUGUCUAGAUCUCGCUCGUCUCCGAAGGCUGGGAGGCGAAGGUCCCCUUCUCAGAGUAAGAGCCAAUCAGAAUCGAGGUCCUCGUUGGACUCUCAGUCUCCAAAGCAGGCAAGCAAAGCCGGGUCAAGGUCAAGGUCAAGGUCAAGGUCAUCUUCUGGAAGUCCAGAUGGUAAAAAGGGCCUGGUCUCUUAUGAUGAUGGUUCACCAGACUCGGGAAGGUGAAUUAGGUAAAAGGUUUGGGGAGAUUUGGAUACUUAGUCUUUGAUGAGUCCGUGUUCUCUUGAUGAACUGGAUUCUGCAGUUUUUACCAUGUUGUUUCUAGUUUGUUGUUGCCAGACGUUGUGGUUAAUUAAAUAUCUGAUUUUAGAAUUUUUCAUUCGGGUUCCUCUUGGCCGGUUUUUAGGAUACUUUAUAAAUAAUGGAGAGUAUGUGGAUCAUAUUAGGGGUAGGAAUCUUGUUACGUUGUUAGUGCAGUAUCCCUAAGAAUCUUCUGUAGUACAAUGAGUCAGGCAAUAUGAUAUAGAUGCAUCUAAUGUGUCAGAAAAUUUUCCUACGAAACUGAGAAAUGAACUCUGGUGAUGAUCGGGAAUUAGUGCUUUGUUGAAA